CAAUCAAUAAUAGUAAGAACACAAAGGUACGAGUUUGUUGGCAGAGAUUGGUUUGGUUAACGAACGCUUCAACGGCAAAAUUUCCCGGGCUACAAGGCUUCCUGUCUCUCUCUCUCUUUCAUCUCCAUGUGCGACAAUUCCCAUUUUCUCACUCAUAAUUUCCAUCUCCUCCAAAAGGAUGCGUAAUUGAAGGGGGAAUUGGCAAUAACUGGAGGAGGAGAAGUAGGGAGGGUGUGUGGGUGAGAGUGAUUGGGGUCCUAAGGUGGAAGAUCUGGCUAGGGUUUUCGUUUUUCAUUGGAGAUUGAGGUGAAAUUAAGGAGAAGAUGAGCGCUUCUAGGUUCAUCAAGUGUGUUACUGUUGGGGAUGGAGCUGUGGGUAAAACGUGUUUGCUAAUUUCCUACACAAGCAAUACCUUCCCUACUGAUUACGUGCCAACUGUCUUCGACAAUUUCAGUGCAAAUGUGGUUGUGAAUGGAAGCACUGUUAAUCUGGGAUUGUGGGAUACUGCAGGACAAGAGGAUUAUAACAGAUUAAGACCUUUGAGUUAAUGUGUAU